ACAUUGCGCUUGAUCAGUGGAGAGUUUUUGGGUCAAGUCAGGGGACAAUUCUGGGUGACUGAUCAUCAGUUCAAGAUGGCUUUUGUUAACCAUACAUUUGUCUCAGCAUGUGUUUCCAUUUCUGAUGAUGCUUACUUGUCAUUACCCAAGUUUCAAUCCAUCAUUGUUGGUGAAUUGAAUCCAUUCUAUUUGGUUGGGGAGAACCAGUUUACAAAUGCUUUUGAUGCUUCAGUUUUUGUCAUUAAUCCAGAUUUGCCAAAGGAUGGUCUUGAACUCACAAUUGCCGAGACCAAACCAAAGCUAGAAUUGUCUGCUCAUAUAUGCAAGAUAAUGUGCACUAUCUUUAAAAUAGAUGGUGAUAUGGGUUGGUUUUAUGUUGGAUGGAAGAAAUGCAACAAGAAAGUUGAGAUGAACAAGAAUAACGAUACCACCAUUGCUGUUAAACUAAAAAAAAGCCUACCUUCUCGUGUCCUAAAUGCAACCUUAACAUAA